GGACAAGGACUGUUUGAUUGAAAUGCAAUGUGUCAAAAUUGACUUCUCCAUUUGAAGCUGUAUGACAAUUCUUGCAAAGUCUCUUGAGCCCUUUUACAUUCUAUGUUAAAUGUAAAAUUCAGAAAACUACAGAAAACUGCAGGAGUCUCGGUUCUACUCGUCCAGUGGGUAGACUUACGGCAUUUGAAAGCUCAACGAGAGAAGAGAAUGCUGUUCAUUUUGCUUUGUGCCUUUGCACUGCCUGUCACCGCUGAUCGCUUCAGUGUCAAUGGUUGGACCAUGGAGACACCGGACAUGGUGAUGGGGAGGGAGGGGAAGCUCGUGGUUCUGUACUGCAAGUUCAUUCACCCUCACCCUCAAUACAAAGGCAACAUCAGCAUCAUCUGGAAAGAGAAGUGGUCCAAGGAGCCCACGAAGACCUUUUUCAAAUACACAAAUUAUCUAUCGAGCGGCAAGUAUAAAAAUGAGAUCGUGGAUAAUGUAGGAGCUCGCUACAGACCAAUGGGGGACCCUCGGAAGAACGAUGCUUCCAUAAUCAUUAAUCAGCUGAUAACGACGGAUACAAACAAGGGCCUCAACUGUCGUGUUGAGCUCACACAAGCAGGAGCAAAGUUUCAAAGGCCACAUGGGCGAAUCACAGCAUCAGGUGAUGUCAGCGCAUCUAUGGUGAUCGGGAAGAGAGGAGGUGGUGCCACACUGAACUGCAACUUCAAACACUCGAGUGCAAAUCGCAGGGUGAUCACUAUCCUCUGGAUGAAGGGGACUCCAUGGGAAGAGUCCGUUGUCUUUAAACAUACCCGCUCCUACGCCACAAGUGGUCCCGGCACUGACAAUGUAAAUAGAGGAGGUCGAUAUGAGCUGGUGGGAAACCUAGACAAGGGAGAUGCCUCCAUCAGAGUGAGGGGACUCACGUUGAAUGACACCAACAACUAUUUCUGUCAUGUUUGGACCUGGAAUUCCCCUCUGAAGAAAAAUAUUCAGGUGACUCAGGAUGAGACGGGACUACAGGUUUUGGUUGAUAAUGACAGAGCAUCCAUGGUGAUUGGGAGGAAGGGUGCGACUGCCACACUGCCCUGCUCCUUCAGUCCCUCGAUCAGGAAUCCCAGCUCCAUCACCAUCAGCUGGAUAAAGUGGAAUCCACCAAAAUGGUCUGUUGUCUUUCGUGACACCUUUCUAAAAAUAUGUAACUAUGCUAUCCAGUUGCGCUAUGCAAUGACUGGACCCAUUGCACUGACCCAGUGCCAUGAGCAAAACCACUUGUAA